AUGGGGACAGAAAGGAACGCUAAAAAGGACGGAGAGCUUGUAGAAACAGUUUGCAAGCCGCUUCGGAUCGAAAUCGACCGUCUGGACAUCCCUAAAAACAGUGUCGUCAGGCUGAAAGAGGAUGGAAAGCCCGAGAGAAAAAAGACAAUACACAGGAUAUCAAGGAUAACGACUAGAAAGAUGGAGAAGAAGAUGGAAGAAGAGAACACGAGCCAGGAAGAGGAGCCGGACCUUCUCACAGAGAUCAAAAACUUCAUCAAGCAACCGCACAAGCAGGUCGACACGCCGAGCAGAUCUUCAAAACGGCUCAAAAACCGCAAAGUCAAGUUUGACGUUCUGAGACUUCUCUCCGGUGAGGACAGUUCAGACGUUUCAGAGGUGAAGAGACACAAGAUGUCAAAGAUAAGAGAAUUGAAGAAAGAUGAUGUGGUUAGUGAAGACAUGCACUUGGAAGAUUCGGAUUCUGAGAAACUAGAUAAAAGUGAAGAGAAAGCAAAGGCUAAGCUGAAGUCGACUUUACAGAAGAAGAAAAGGUCGCUUGAUCAAAAUCAAGAAACACAACUCGAUGAAAACCCUGAAAAACAAAUUGAUACUUUAGACACAACAAAACCUUCAGAUAAGGAUCUUAGAACAUCCUCUCCUCUUGAUUUAAUCCCAGAACUCGAUGGAAUGAAUUCUGGAGAAAAAUUCAAAUCCUGUAAAAAUGAGCAUGCAGAAGAAAUGAGCAAUUCACAUAAGAUUAGUUUAAGGCUGGAGGAAAAACAAAAAAAGCAAGUUGUAAAUAUAUCACUUCCUCCUCCCAACAUUGAUCCGACGAAUCAGACAAAACACAGCUCGUUACAUCUGGCUCUAGGUCCAGACAUUUUAGUUAAAAGAGUGAAGAGCAAAAAACCGAUCGACACGGUGGCAAAUACGAGGUUAGAGAACACUCCGCCAUCAGAAGAUAAUCUAGAAGGGACUUCAUCCUCGCCCAAUAAGCUCAAAAAGAACAAACUUGAAAAACUAAUCGCAAAGACAGACAAUCUUGAGACAGAAGUAGUUGUUAUUUUUAAGCAAACUGGUAAAAACAAUCAACUCCAGCUCACAGAUGCUAAAAAGAGGAAACAGAGGAGAGUCCUUUUUGCAAAGAAGGACGGCUCUGAAAAUGUAAAUCAAAGCUCGAAUCUUCCUGCCAGAGACAGUCCAGAAGAAGACGAAGACGAUCGGAUUUCAAAGUCAGAAGAAAAGCUACCCAGUAAAAAGAUUUCAGAACAGGUUCUGGACAGGAGGAAUUUAGACACUCAUUUUAGUGAAAAGUAUGAAAAUUCAUUUGAUCGAUAUUUUUACACCGAGGACAAUUUAUGUGAAUUCACUGACAGCCUGGACUCUGACAGCAGCGAUGAAGAUAAUGUACUUUUGCACUUCAUCUGUCUCGACAAGGAUAAAAACCAGAAACAAAGCCAACCCACCAAUCAGGACGAUGAAGUGACUAUUUACGAUCUUAUGCAGGAAUUGUCCAAGGAGAUGCCGUCUUGGAACAUUCACACUCUGUCUGACAACGGACAUUUCAGUCUCGUCCAAAUUGACAAUGGGCCUUUGGGAUUGCCUGUUAUGAAAAAAGUUAUCCUCUUUGACAAUGAUUUCAACGCGCAAGUGUACAUUGGUGAGAAACCAAUACUUGGAUAUAGCGGUAUCUACGACUCGUAUGACUCUAUAAAACAACUGGUUCUCUCAGUAGAUCAAAUUUAA